GCUUGAAAACCUACUGACUGGAGUAGGUGUGCUUCUCAGUAUGGAUGUAUGCAAAUGAAAUUCUUGUCAGCAUGUGCCCCUCCUAGGGGUGGUACAGGCUGUGAACACAAGACUUAGUUACCUCAUAUUAAAAAAAAAAAAAAAAAAAAAAAAACAACAACAACAACAACAAAACCCCAACAAAUUAAUCCAUAUAUUAAAAACAUUGAGCGUGAAAUCUGUACUCAUGCAUGCAAGUCAAGCAAGUAAAGAAGAGUUGCUGUGGAACAUUAGUCUUAUGUAUUGAGUGAAUAAAGAGAUGGGCUUGUGGGCACAGUGAUAUAUCUUCAAAGAUGCAGGGGCAUGAUUUUAGUUCUCUAUCUCUUAACAUUUAUUUAUUGGACAGGGUGUUGUUUUAAUGUGAAUAGGUGCAACACUUAGAUACCAAGUCCUGAAGCUUUCAAAUACAUCCAAGACUUGUCAGUGUUAAAUCUUCAGUGCUAGAGGUAUUGACUGAGAAUUUAAAGAAAUGCAAGGUUGCUUCAUCUGGUUCUGGUAACAUGUCUGCUUGGACAAAAAGCACUAUUUCAGAAGACAGAGUUACCUUUAUUUAUUAAAGGUGAUUAAGUUAUCCAAGACUUAUGAUUAAAACCUCCAACUGUAUGUUUGGGGUGAGAAGGAAGGGAGGAAUAUAAUGUGGCUGAGUAAGUAUCAAAAGAGAGGCAACAAAGUUAGCUGAGGUAUGCAAGUGUACUUAAGGUUUUGGCUUAGCAUGUGUGCACUGAAUUGCCAUGUGGUAAGAAGAUGUCCUUUUGCUGGCUAAACUUAAGUGGCUAAGAGGAUGGCUGAUUCUCUGUAUCACUUUGUUGUCUUGCAUCCAGGGUAAUGUGCUUUAUGCUGUCACUGUUACCUGUAUUAAUCUGUAAGCUGCCCUCUUUAAAAACAAAAUAGAAAAAAAAAACAAAACAAAACAAAAACCACCAAACAGAAAAAAAAACCCAAACAAAAACCAGGUUCUACUGAUGAUGCUCAAAAGAUUCAGCCAAGUCCAUUGUCAGAAGACUGUCUAGUCUCAUAGUGGCAUACCAGAAUCAAUUGCUGGAAGCCGAAGAUGAACUAGUAAGUGGGAAUUGGUGAAAAUAAACAUAAUUGCUUCAACAUACAACUAAAGAAAAAGUUGAAUUCUUCAUCUCUAAGAUUGAAAGCCUUUCUGAAGGUAGUAUUAGACAACACACCUUAUGGUAGAUAAGGGGUGACUGGAUGGAUACAUAAUGACUCAUGAUGAUCAGGCAUAAGGUAUCUAAUUAUUCCUUCUGGUUUUCAGAUAUUCAGGGGUUGAUGAAAUUGUUCCAUCUUUACAGUUUGGUCAGUAUAGUAGACAAGGAAAAUGGUGUGGGCUCAGUCUUUUUUCUGCACCAUUCUUCCUCAGUGUCAAGAGACUGAGAAGAGGAGACAGGACCAUCAUUCCUUAGGAUCCCACAGGUCCUCUAAGGAAUCUGAAGGCAGUGGAUCUGUGAAGGCCUGUCAGCAAGCUUCAGUGCCCAUUCCAAGGAUGCUCAGAUACUGAAGAGAGAAGAAAAGAAAAAAGAAAGAAAAAUAAUCAAAAAAACCAACACCAAAACACCAAAACCUGUUCUGGUGUCAAACUACCUUUCUGGCUUGAAUGCUAGUUGAAUGAUCAGCAGUGAAACUGCCCUAGUGCCAAGACCGUGACAUGGUCCUCUUAAGUUCUGAUGCAAAAUCAGUCUGUUCCCAGCCUGCUUCUGGUGGAACUUGGAAGGGGAGGAAUCUGUAUCCUCAUCUCCAUCUUGGGAAGUCUUCAGUCCUUCCUUUUUCUGUGUUGGUACACAACCUUCUUUUGGAACUGAAGAUUGGAUCCCAAGGAUUUCUAGGAUUGUUCUCGCUACUCUGCAGGUUACCAGCAAGCAAGGAUUUGGCACAGACAUCCUAUUUCAUGGCUACCAACAGUCUUCAUCUUACUACAUUCUGUCUUCAGUACAAGCCUACAGUGAUAGCAUGUGUGUGCAUUCACUUGGCCUGCAAGUGGUCCAACUGGGAGAUUCCAGUAUCAACUGAUGGAAAACACUGGUGGGAAUAUGUAGACCCUUCAGUUACUCUAGAAUUGCUAGAUGAGCUAACUCAUGAGUUUCUGCAAAUACUGGAGAAAACACCUAGCAGGCUCAAGAGAAUUAGAAAUUGGCGGGCUAAUCAGGCUGCUAAGAAACCUAAAGGUGAUGGACAGGUAUCUGAGAACUCGCUUCUUGGUUCAUCUUUGGUCCAGAAUUCCAUUUUGGUGGAUACAGUUACCGGUGUAGCUGCAAACACAAGUUUCCAAAAACCAUCAACAUCGUUUCCUGCACCGGUACCUCUGACCUCAGGAAGUAUUUCUGUUCCAGACAGUCAUGCACCUGAAAAUUUGGCAAUACUAGCUACAGGAAUGCCAAGUACCUCAUACAGUUUGGCAUCACACCAGGAGUGGCCUCAGCAUCAAGAACAAACAAGGACAGAACAAAUAUACUCU